AUGAUCAGGUAUGACUAUUCUGGCUAUGGACAGUCAUCUGGGAAGCCCAGUGAGCAUAACACAUAUGCAGAUAUUGAAGCUGCAUUUAAGUGUCUCGAGGAGAAUUAUGGUACCAAACAGGAAGAUUUGAUACUGUACGGACAAUCAGUUGGGAGUGGGCCCACCUUGGAUCUAGCGAGCCGUCUUCCUCGUUUAAGAGCCGUUGUUUUACAUAGCCCUAUACUAUCAGGCGUUAGAGUUAUGUAUGCAGUGAAACGUACAUACUGGUUUGACAUCUACAAGAACAUUGAUAAAAUACCUCAGGUUAAUUGUCCGGUUCUCGUCAUUCAUGGGACGGCAGAUGAGGUGGUGGACUUCUCACACGGCAAACAGCUGUGGGAGCUGUGCAAGCACAAGUACGAGCCCCUGUGGGUAAAGGGUGGGACCCACUGCAACCUCGAGCUGUACCCGGAAUACAUUAGGCACCUCAAGAAAUUCAUCUCGACUGUUGAGCGGGGCCCGUCCUCCUCCCGCAGGAUCAGCACGCGGAAAAGUACCGAGCAACUCGAGCCAUCAAGGAAGAGCACAGACUCGUCAUUGUUCGAGCUGCCAAGGAGGAGCACGGAUUGGAGGGAGAAGCCCAGGCACAGCACGGACAGGUGGAGAGGUCGAGGAGGAGUGUUGAUAGUGUCGAGAAAUCGUGGAAGUCUGUGGUAG